GGAUGGCCCUGAAGGCAACUCUGAUACUGCUACCCUUGCUUGGAGUCACGUGGUUAUUGGGUUUCUUGCAAGCUAACUCUGACUCAGCUGUCAUGUCUUACGCCUUUGUUCUCCUCAACUGCGUGCAGGGGGUUUACUUCUUCGUAAUUAACAUAGUCCUCAAUCAGGAGGUUUCCACGGCGUUUAAGAAGAAAUUCUUAAAGAAAAACUACUCCUGGGCUGCAUUUCGCUUUUCUUCAUCGUCUAAGAUGCAUGACAGUGUCAGAGAGGGAGACAUUUUAUCUGCGUCUGUGAAAAGGGCCACAGCUUACUCCAAUGAGUCCUUUAGUUCUCGCAAGUCGUUUGUGAAAAGACAAAUGGAAGAAGGAAGAAAUGAGAACAGUCUGUACGCGCCAAACACGCAAAUAAAGAGACAGUGGCAGGAAGUUAAUGACUACUGACUGAACUGCAGCUCUUGAUCCAUGUUUCCUACUUUCCAUUGUCAGUGCAUGUUUAUGACGCUCUGCUAAACUAGAUAUUUCAUUAUUGUUCUGUCCUUGAGUUGAUUACGUUUGCAGUCUUCAUCACGAGAUCAGCGUAGCGACAAGUAAACAAUCGACUUCGUCACCUGAUGAAAGACUUCCAGUGUUACAUUCGGAACGUCACAAUCAACUCCUCAUGUGACGCCGUAAUGAGACAAGUGAAUAAAAGUUCACGUAUCUUUCAAACCACAUCUUAAAUUCUAUCCGUGUAGCGCCACGUUAAAUAAAUGCCUUAUGAUAUUCAGCAUUUAAGAGGCCAAAAGACAAGCGUCACAAAAAUUAAUAUGAUAAAUAAAUAGUAAAUAAUAUGUAAACAGUUAACUAGUUAUGAAAGCACUUUAUUUUUAGUAAAAAUAAAGGUUUACUGGCUAUAAAGAUUAAACUGCACUGAUGAAUAAUAUUAAGUCAAGUACGUCAUUACCUUGAUCUAAUAAAGAAAAUUGUUGUCUCAUGCAGUUUGUUUGUUGUGCCUUAGUUGCUUUUCGCCAAAGAUAUACGACUGUAUUUGUUUUUCUGUUGUUUUGUUUGUUUGCUUGUUUCGGUUUUGUUUGCUUUUGCCGAGUGUCUUUUUCCGAGUAUUCUCGCAGUCAAUUUCAAAUUUCAAAUAAGAGUUGUACACCCCUGACACCGCCAAACCCGAUUGGACGUCAUUGUCGCCUUUCCAACGCUUCUUUAAUAACGAAAAGGUGUUAAGGGACAAUUAAUGUCAGGAAUUGCGCAUGGGCGACGUUUCGAUGGACACUUGAAAGGUCUAGGCUGAAUUUUUUAAGUUUAGUUCAACAAAUUCAAUUUUGCAGGGUCAUAUGCACCGCCGGAGAAAGGAGGAAAAAAGGAACUUGCAAAUCUACUAGAUCAGCCGGAAUUUGAUGACGUCCAUAGUUAAAGACUCCACACAUGACUCGCUGGAUGAUCUAUUUGCUCAUCAAAUCACAAGACAAACUUGUAGUUGGGGACUUAUGGCUAACAUAUUUUUAUGCUUCCAGAGAAGUUGCACAAGCAUCUCGAUCCUUGGAGGCGCGGGGCAAUUUCUCUCCGGGAUAGCUCUGUGAUUGGCGACUAAUAAGUGGCCUCUCCAGCAGAAAGUAAUAUGUUGGGGUCUAGGGAGGAAAUCGUUAGCAAAACUUGAAGGAAACUUCCCUGAGCGGUAAACAUGGGUUUUGACACCAUCUUAUAGGGUUGGGCAGGCCAGUUUUAUAGCCCACUUUAAGGAAAGACCGCAUCAGAGAGCAUUUUGGGGGUCUGGGAGGAAAUGUUGCGAGAUCAUUGUAUAAGGGUAGGAGGAGAUAGGCUCCGAGUGUAGCACAAUUCCUAAAGAAAAGGAAUGGAAUGGAACAAAACUUCACAUAGGAAAAGGGGAUGUUGCAAUAGGGUUAGCUGCACGUUAACACAUUUCAUUGAACUGAGUAAAGCAAAGGAUAUAGGUCUCUCAGAAAGGCUUAUACUCGGUUCUAUUCAAAGAGUGUUGAGACGUCUGUAUGUUAAAUAAAUAUUUAGAAAAACAUAA